AACACACUAAUAACGAUGGAGGAAGUGGUGGAAACAAAGGUAAGCAUCUCAACUCCAGCAGUUGAAGUUUCGAAAACUCCGAAAAGCCCUUUUGCAUCUCGUUUCAUGAGCACCCCUUUGGCCAGUCCCAUGAAGAAAGCCAUUGAAAACAUGCAAGAUUACUUCGGAGAAGUUGGUCGCUUCACCAAGCUCGAUCCACAAGAUGAUUGGCUUCCCAUCACCCAAUCCAGAAACGGAAACGAAUAUUACGCUGCGUUUCAUGUCCUUUCUUCAGGCAUCGGAUUUCAGGCCCUUCUUCUUCCCUUCGCCUUCACCACUCUUGGCUGGACUUGGGGAAUCACGUGUCUCUGUGUGGCUUUUACAUGGCAACUCUACACGCUGUGGCUACUGGUUCAGCUUCACGAAUCGGAAUCAGGGGUGCGCCAUAGUAGGUACCUCCGACUAGCUAUGGCAGCAUUCGGAGUAAAGAUGGGAAAAGUAUUGGCACUGUUCCCAAUAAUGUACUUAUCUGGUGGGACGUGUGUGACACUGAUAAUGAUCGGUGCAAGCACAAUGAAGAUAUUCUUUCAGAUGGUGUUUGGAGAGCCAUGCCCCCUCUCACCAAUUGAGUGGUAUUUGGUGUUUACAUGCACAGCCAUUUUGCUUGCACAGUUACCAAACCUCAAUUCAAUUGCAGGGGUUUCCCUCAUUGGAGCCGUCACUGCCGUAGGUUACUGUGCUCUUAUAUUUAUAUUAUCUGUGGUCAAAGGUAGACUUGCUCAUGUAUCGUAUGAGCCACCAAGGGGACAAUCAGACACUACCAUGGUUUUUAGGGCGUGGAAUGCACUUGGGAUCAUUGCCUUUGCUUUCCGCGGUCACAAUCUUGUGCUGGAAAUACAGGGAACCAUGCCUUCCGACGCUAAGCAACCUUCACACUUGGCUAUGUGGAGAGGUGUAAUGUUUGCUUACCUGGUGAUCGCUUUGUGUUUGUUCCCCCUUGCCAUUGGAGGUUAUUGGGCCUAUGGAAAUUUAAUACCUACUAAUGGAGGGAUGUUAGGUGCUUUACACAAAUACCACGAACAUGAUACGUCAAAAUUCAUCAUCGCUUUGACAAGCUUGUUAGUUGUUAUAAACAGCCUCACUUCCUUCCAAAUCUAUGCAAUGCCGGUAUUUGACAAUCUGGAAUUUAAAUACACCAGCAAGAAGAACAGGCCUUGUCCCCGAUGGCUACGGAUAGCAUUCAGGGGGCUCUUUGGGUGCCUAGCAUUUUUUAUUGCUGUAACUUUACCAUUCUUACCUAGUUUGGCUGGUCUGAUUGGAGGGGUUGCUCUACCAAUAACCUUAGCUUAUCCCUGUUUGAUGUGGCUACAGAUUAAGAAACCACAGAAACAUAGCAUAAACUGGUACCUGAACUGGACAUUAGGAAUUAUUGGGAUGAUUCUGAGCCUACUGGUUGUCAUAGGAGCCAUUUGGGGCAUAGUAGAACAGGGCAUAGAGAUCCAUUUCUUCAGUCCACAGUAGAAACAGGAUAUCGUAUUAUUGUCAAUCACAACAUUGGAAGUUUAAUAGCAAGCAUUUGCAAGGGUUUCCUGGACAAGCAUGCAGACCGCACAGAGUCGGGGACGAUGCUCCUAUCAAUGAUGAAAUCGAAAGAAUGCUUGACUUGUGGCUACAGGAGUCAUGACGCAUUCUAUUCUAAUUGCGCGAUAUCGUCAAUAACGGGUCAAUUUGAUGUAAAAUAUGUGGAAAUAAAAUGUCUUUAAUA